GGCUCUUGGAGGAGCAGGCGGAGGAACUUGAACAGCGGAAGCUAGAGCUCGCUAAGUUAGAGUUGCUCGAAGCUGAGAAGAAGAAGCUGCAAGCGGAGGAGGAGAGAUGUGCAUGGGCGAAAAAAGAGAAAGAGCAACAUGAGGCUAGAUUAGGCAAGAUUGUUAAAGCCAGCAUGAUAGCUGUCUGUAAAUUUGUGUUGGGCAAGAAGGUGGACAUUCCUGACAAUGACGAAUCGGAUGUCGGUAAAUUACGGCGUGAGCUUGAGGAACUAAAAGCCAGCUAUGCGCGCGGACAGAAGGAAUCUGCCAUUGAUGUACUUUGGAAAGAGAAGGAAGCACUGCAAAUGGGGCGCGCUCAAUGCAAUGAGGAUGACAGACUCAGAAGGGAGAUUGAUGAGCUGCACUCCCGGCAUGAGCAACGGAGAGCAGGGGAUGGCAGUGACAAGAUUGCGGCCCUACGACUCUGGGUGCAAGAGAUGGAGAAGGUUCGCACGGUCCUUGAGGAGAAAGGCACCGCACUUAGCUCCUUGAAAGCUGAAAACUCCAACCUCAAGAAGGACUUGCAAAACUUGAAAGGGGCCAUCGACGAAAUCAAGGGCGCUGACAAGAGGUCAUCCGAUGCCGUUGCGGAGACUUGUUCACCUACUGAACCUGCCAAGGGCAAGCAGCGUAUGGUCCCCAUCGGGGAUGCUGUGUAUACCCCCAACGAUUUUGAAGCGCUUAUGAAGCUGCAUAAGGAGGCUCUCGCAGACAAGGAAGCAUCCGAUCUGGUGGUUCAGGCACUCAAGGAACGCAUGGCGAGGAUGGGCGCGCAGCUGUACAGCAAGCAAUGUACUGGCGCUCGCCGAUCAUCUGUGCAGAAAACCAAUCUGCGGAAUCUGAGGCCUACGCUUAGUGCUAUGCAAAUCGAUGAGGAUGAUUUUGACGGUAAAGACGUUCCGGAGGAGCAGCAGAAGACCAAGCCUAUCAAUGAAGUGGUGGAUAAUCCCGAGGACAUUUAACGUCGCAAAUUUUAGGAGGACUGUCGCAAGGAAAUUCGGGCGGCCAAGAAAGCA